AUGUGGCAAGCUUUGUUUCUGCUGCUAAUAGGCGCAGCUUGGGCGCAGCAGCAAUCGCAAUCCUCCUUGCCCACAAAGCAGCUUAAGCUUUGGCUGACAAUCAGCGCCAGAAAACGUUUCCUGGAAGUGUCUUGGCAACAUGCGCCUGCUCGAGAAGGCGAUCAUGUGCUGCUGACGGCACAGAAUCCGACUAACUUUGAGCGCCGCGUGCUGCCCCGAGGCACACCACUGGCAGCCUUUCACAGCGAAGAGGGCAGCGGCGCUGGCGAAGAUCAGCCUGCCUAUGUGCCGGUCCAUGGCUACACCAGCACGCCCAGUUCGGUUAUUCGCGCAGUGCCGAGCAGCAACCAUCAAUACUGGGUGUCCAACGGUGGAAGUGUGGAAGUUGUGGCUGCCAUUAAGCCCAGCCUGGCGGCACAAUGGUUCACCACAGGCGUGCCCUUUGAUUACGCUCUGUCGCGCAAUGUAACCACGCAUACCGACUGCUAUGGUUACUGGGCCAGUUAUAUAGAUGACCAGGGGCGUAUUCUCAGCAAGACUUGUCUGCGCGCCUAUCCACGCUGGAUGCGUGAUUUGCAUCCUGUUAUUGGUGAGCUGCGUCUGCGCGAUCUCUUCAUACCCGGCACACAUGAUUCUGGCUCCUAUCGACCCAACUUUGAUCCACUCUUGCGCGAGAAUCUGGUGACCAAGUAUGCGCUUACACAGGAUGAUAAUAUACGUGGCCAGCUGCUGCAUGGCGCACGCUACUUGGAUAUACGCGUGGGUUACUAUCGUCCGUCGGAGGAAAAGUUCUUUAUAUAUCAUGGCAUCACCAAGCAGCGGCCACUGCAGGAGGUCAUUGAUCAGGUCAAGGACUUUGUGCUGGAAACAAAUGAGAUUGUUAUAUUUGGUCUAAAAGAGUUUCCAGUGGGCUUUGGCAAGGGGCUGGGCGUGCAUAGGCUGCUGGUAAGUUAUUUGCGUGAACAGUUUGGUGAUCUGCUGGUGCAUCCAUCGCUCAGCUGGCAUGCCACAAUGAACGAUAUGUGGAAGCUGCAACAGAAUGUCAUACUGGCUUACGAUAAGGAGGAAGUAGUGCAGGACUUUCCACAACUCUUGUUUGGCGGCGUGGAGCAGCGUUGGGGCAAUGUGCAGACCUGGAUGCGACUGGAGCGACACUUGCGCUUUAUCAAUGACUUUGAUGUGUCGCGCUUCUCGAGUCGCCCUGUUGUGGACAUGGCUGAGCUUACACCAGAGACUUGGGAUGUUAUAUUGGACAAACAUGGCGGACUGCGUAAGAUGGCCGACAAUAUUAACUGGCGCAUCUCGCAGCUGUAUCGCGAUGAGCUGGGCAAUCACGCCAACAUUGUGGCCGCUGACUUUAUACGCGGCACUACGCUCAUGGAUACUGCGUUGGAGUUAAACAGACGCAAGCCGGUGUAGUAACAAUAUUUAUAUAUUAUAUAUAUGUAUGUAUAUAUCCACUAGCCAUAUUGUAGUGUUAGUUGUAGUUGGCUUAAAGUCUAGUUACUGCGUAUACAAUAAAUUUUCCCUAAAAAUGUCACAACGAAUGGCAAGAGAGCGCUGCAUUGCUGAAGCUAACUUAAAUAAAUACAAAGUUAAUACACAAAAAA